GACUACAGCUUUGUGAAAAAGACAAGGAGCUGCAAAUAAUGUAAUUCUCUUAGAAAGGAACAACAUACAACCACCGUUGUAUUCAGCCUCACUUCCUGUAAAACCAAUAUGUCUGAGGAACAAGGCAGUCACACAUCAACUGACAAGUCGCAUGAGCAAGAAAGACCAGUCUCUCCUGCAAACAGCAAUGUUUCCAUGAAAAGUGACAGAUCCAGGGAUGACCCUCUCAGCUUCAGUAAAGGAGUAUCGGGGUCGCAUAAGAAAAACAGACCAGUCUCUCCUGCGAACAGCAAUGUUUCCAUGGAAAGUGACAGAUCCAGGGAUGACCCUCUCAGCUUCAGUAAAGGAGUAUCGGGGUCGCAUGAGCAAGAAAGACCAGUCUCUCCUGCAAACAGCAAUGUUUCCAUGAAAAGUGACAGAUCCAGGGAUGACCCUCUCAGCUUCAGUAAAGGAGUAUCGGGGUCGCAUAAGAAAAAAAGACCAGUCUCUCCUGUGGACAGCUUUGUUUCCAUGAAAAGUGACAGAUCCAGGGAUGACCCUCUCAGCUUGUCGGGCCCACCUGUGUCACAGACACAAGUCAGCAGCGCUUCCAUGAAAACUGACCAGUCUGUGGAUGUCUCUCUCUCCAGCCCCAACUUCAGCAAAGACUUAGAGAAAGAUGCCAAACACAAAUUCACAGCAGACCAAAAGAAGAGAAUCCUUGAAGAUUAUAAAGAGGAACUGAGUCAACAUCAGACUAAUACAGAACUAUGGGUGAAAAAGAAGGAACGUAAUCACAAAUUAGUACAAACAUACGAUGAUAUAUUUUAUGGUUCAAAGAAAAACAAAGUGCGAACAGUACUAAUGAAGGGAGAGGCUGGUGUUGGUAAAACAUUUCAAACAAGGCUGUUCAUGGUCGACUGGGCAAAUGGGAAAUCCAACAAAAACAUAGACUUUAUUGUCCCACUUAAUUUCAGCGAGCUGAGAGAUGAAGUUCAAAGCAUGGAGAGUUUACUCUAUUACUUCACCAGCAUCGAACAACCAGUAGUUUGCUCCUAUGAUAAAUGUGAAAUAGUCUUUGUCCUUGAUGGCUUGGAAAAAUGUGAACUUCCUCUUGACUUUGAAAAGAACGAGGACUUGUCUGAUAUGAAAGAACGAGCCUCAAUGGAUGUGCUGCUAACAAACCUCAUCAAGGGGAAUUUGCUUCCCUCUGCUCGUCUCUGGAUCAUCUCUCAACCUUCAGGAGUCGACAAGAUUCCUAUGAAAUAUAUUCACAAAGUGACAGAAUGUCAAGAGACCUUGAAGCGGCGGCAGCAACAGCUGGUAUCAAACCUGAAGAAAAGAUUUCAAGAAAAGACUCAAGAUGAAGACAAGAAUCAUCCUAACCAGAAAAACACAGAACACAUCAUGGAAGAAGACAGAAGUGGAGAGAUCAAUGAUGAAGAGAAAACUGGACGGACUGUGGGGAAAUCAGUGACACGAGUGAAUUCAAUAUCUAAAAUCUUCAAACGUGAAAAUGAUCAAAAAGUUAGAACCGUGCUGACCACUGGAGAAGCUGGUAUUGGAAAGUCCUUCCAUGCACAGAAAUUCAUACAAGAGUGGGCUAAAAAUGAGUCUUCAUUUUUCACUCGGCUUAUCAAGUCAACAAUGUCAGUGUUUGGCAAAGCCAAAGAUGAUCUAGAGGUUAUAUUUCCUCUCAGUUUCUCAGAGCUAAAUUCGAUAAAAGAGAAAAGAGUCAGUUUGUUUGGACUUCUAAAUGAUUUCUUUGAGGAAACCAAAGAAUCUGUAAUCUCUAACUAUGCAGAUUUCAAAGUUCUGUUUGUUCUGGAUGGUUUGGACGCCUGUGAACUUCCUCUUGACUUUGACAACAAUGACCCCUUGACAGAUAUUGGAGAGCCAGCCUCAGUGGAUGUGCUACUGACAAACCUCAUCAGAGGAAACCUGCUUCCUUCUGCUCAGCUCUGGAUAACCUCCCGACCUUCAGGUGCUGAAAAGCUGCCUGAUGAAUUUGUUGACAGGAAGACACAAAUACAAGAGAAGCCUGAUGCCGUUAGUCAACGGAAACUCAAAUCUCAGCUGAAGGAGCAAUUUAAUCUUGUGUCUGAGGGGAUUGAUAGACAGAAAAUAUCUGCCCUACUGAACGAGAUCUACACAGAUCUCUACAUUGUAGAGGGUGAGAGGGGAGACGUCAAUCGUCAGCAUGAAUCCAGACAGGUUCAAGAUGCAAAGUCUAAACCAGUGAGAGAAGACACAGACAUUAAAUAUCAUGACAUCUUCAAACCUGCAUCUGGAGAAAAUAAACUCAUCAGAAUAGUGCUAACAACUGGAGUGGCAGGCAUUGGCAAAACAUUUGCCUCAAUGAAGUACAUGCUGGACUGGGCUGAGGGUACGGCCAACAAAAACAUAUAUUAUACAUUUCCCUUUCCUUUCCGGGAGCUGAAUUUGAUAAAAGAGAACGAACGUAGUUUAGAGGAUCUCAUUCAUCAGUUCUUCCCAGCUAUGGAGACAUCAGAAAUAAUCGACUAUAACAAGUACCAAAUUCUGAUUGUCCUGGAUGGCCUUGAUGAAUGUCGCCUAGAUCUUGACUUCUCCAAAAGUAAGGAUUGGACAGAUGUGAGAAAGCCAACAUCCGUGAAUGUUCUGCUGACAAACCUCAUCCGGGGAAACCUUCUUCCUAAAGCUCAAAUCUGGAUCACCUCCCGACCUGCUGCAUCCAACGAUAUCCCUGCUGAUAAAGUUGACCGGGUUACAGAAGUGCGAGGAUUCAAUGAUGAGCAGAAGGAGGAAUAUUUCAGGAAGAGAUUCAGUGAUAAGGAUCUGGCUGAAAAGAUCCUCUCACAUGUGAAGAAGUCAAGGAGCAUUUAUAUCAUGUGUCACAUCCCGGUCUUCUGUUGGAUCACUGCAAAGGUUCUGGAGGACUUUUUGAGCCGAAACCAAGAAGAGCGGAUGCCCAUGACUCUGACUGACAUGUACAUACAUUUUCUUCUGUUGCAAUGCAGGCAGGCUAAUGUGAAGUAUGGUGGAGAUGAGACAGAUUCAUGCUGGAAUACAAGGAACAAGGAAACAGUCCUAUCUUUGGGGAAACUGGCUUUCGAAGAGCUAGAAAAAGGAAACCUUCUCUUCAGUGAAGAACACCUAACAGAGUGUGGGAUUGACAUCACAGAAACUGCAGUCUUCUCAGGAUUAUUCACUCAAAUCAAACAAGAAGGCCGUGGGCUGUACCAACAGAAAUUGUUCGGCUUUGUACACUUAAGCAUUCAAGAGUUCCUGGCAGCUUUUUAUGUCUUUCACACAUUUGAUAACACAGGUGAAAAUCUGCUUAUCAAACCAGAUCAACCAAACCAAUCAGACCUCUACAAGACAGCAGUGGACAAGGCCUUAGAUAGCAAAAAUGGAGAGUGGGAUCUGUUUCUCCGCUUCCUGCUUGGACUUUCUCUUGAGACUAAUCAGACUCUACUGAAAGAACUGCUGCAAAAGACAGGAAAUAACAACAAGACCAACAAUGAAACAAUUGAGUACAUCAAAGGGAAGAUUGGGGAAGAGAUCAGUGAUGCAGACAAAAACUUCAAUCUGUUUCACUGUCUGAAUGAGCUGAAUGACCACUCUCUUGUGGAAGAAGUCAAAAAGUACCUGAACUCAGAAACACAGGCAUUUGAAAAUUUUUCUGCCUCCCAAUGGUCAGCUCUGACUUUUGUUCUGCUGACAUCAGAUGAGAACCUUGAUGUGUUUGAUCUGAAAAAGUACCUGAAAUCAGAGAAAGUUCUUCUAGGAAUGUUGCCGGUGGUCAAAGUCUCAAAAACUACUUUGCUGAGUUGGUGUGAGCUCUCUGAGAAAUCCUGCAAAAGUUUGUCAUCCUCAGUCCUCAAGUCUGCCUCCUCUAACCUCACAGAGCUGGACCUGAGUCAUAAUGAUCUGCUGGAUUCAGGUGUACAACAACUUGCUAAUGGUCUAAAGAGUCUACAAUGUAAACUAGAGAUUCUCAAGCUGUCAGGUUGUCAGGUGACAGAAAAAGGCUGCUCUUUCCUGGUCUCAGCUCUCAAGUCCAACACAGCUUCCCACCUGAAACACCUGGAUCUAAGUUACAAUCACCCUGGAGACAAUGGGGUGAUGAUGCUCUCUGCUAUAGCUGAGGAUCCAAAUAUGAAGCUGAAGACACUCUGUUUGGACCAUGGUGGAGAACGUCGGUUAAAGCCAGGGCCGAAGAAGUAUUAUGACGCUCUGAGACUUGAUGAAAACACAGCCAGCAGAAGGCUUGUUCUGUCUGAAGGGAACAGACGAGUAAAAACUGUGGAGAAUGUGGAGGAGAAGGUGUCACGACCUGAAAACAAGGACAGGUUUAAGAGGAGUCAGGUGUUGUGUGAGGAGGGCUUGAAAGGCUGCUGCUACUGGGAGGUGGAGUGGAGAGGGACGGUCGGCAUCACAGUGGCAUAUAAAGAAGUGGGUAGAACAUGGGACAGCAGUGGUGGCCUAGGAUGCAAUAAGAAGUCCUGGAGUCUGCUCUGCUCAAAGACUGGAUACAAGGCCAUGCAUGGGAAGGAUUCUGAAUAUAUUAAAGUGCAUCCUUGCCAAAAAAUAGCAGUACUUCUGGAUUGGGAAGGUGGCACUCUGACUUAUUACAGUGUCACAUCUGGAGAGCUGAGCGUCAUACACACUUUCCGUGACAAAUUCACACAACCCCUCUACCCAGGCUUCUGGUUUGAGAAGGGCUCUGUGACUUUGUGUGAGAUCAACUGAACCUCUCUGCAAUGGGAAAAAGUGUAAUGUAGUGAUCACUUGAUGCUCGACUUGGCAUCCUAGCAAAAGCAUAUCUGCAUCAUAUCAAUACAGUAAUGUGAAACAUUCCUGAGUCAUGAUCUUUUACUUUACUUGUUACUGUAAGUCAAUAUAUUAACUAGAGCCUGACCUAUAUAUAGGUCAGUCAAUAUUAUUGGCCGAUAUUGGCCUAUCACAGAUAUAUGUUGUCCGACGUGCCAAUAUUUUUUUUAAAGUUCUAUAGGCAGCAUUUUAUGUAUA